CGGGAGGCGGUGGGGGCCGGGCCGGGCCGGGCCGGGCCGCGGGGGCGCUGCGGAGCCGCGCGGCGCCGCGCCCGCCAUGGCCAUCGCGCACAUCGCCACCGAGUACGUCUUCUCCGACUUCCUGCUGAAGGAGCCGCCGGAGACGCGCUACAAGGGGCUGCGGCUGGAGCUGGCGCUGGACAAGAUCGUCACCUGCAUCGCCGUGGGGCUGCCGCUGCUCCUCAUCUCCCUGGCCUUCGCCCAGGAGGUCUCCAUCGGUGCUCAGAUAAGCUGUUUUGCACCCAGCUCCUUUUCCUGGAGACAAGCUGCUUAUGUGGACUCCUAUUGCUGGGCAGCUGUGCAGCAAAAGCAACCAUCCCAGAACAACUUAGAAAACAUUCCCCUGUGGCUUCAUAAAUUUUUUCCAUACAUCCUUCUGCUAGUUGCUAUCCUGUUGUAUCUGCCAUGUUUGUUCUGGCGCUUCACUGCAGCACCACACCUUUCUUCAGACCUGAAAUUUAUUAUGGAAGAACUUGACAAAGCCUAUAACAGGGCAAUCAAAGCUGCUAAUAGCAUUUGUAGUGCAGACCCCAAGGACCCUGCUGACUUGGUUCCAAGUGUUAAUGAAAACUUUACCCAGAGUGUGUGGGAAAUAUCUGAAAGCCACUUCAAAUACCCAAUUGUGGAGCAGUACCUGAAGACAAAGAAGACUUCCAAGUGCUUAAUAAUCAAAUACAUUAUCUGCCGUUUACUGACCCUAGUAAUUAUUUUUGUUGCAUGCCUCUAUCUGGGCUAUUACAUUAGCCUCUCCUCUUUGAGUGAUGAGUUUCUCUGCACUAUCAAAACUGGAAUCUUGAAGAAUGACACAACUGUUCCAGAAAUGGUUCAAUGCAAACUUAUUGCUGUUGGUGUUUUCAAGGUACUCAGCUACAUUAACUUGAUAGUCUAUCUUCUAGUGAUGCCUCUGGUUGUGUAUGCCAUGUUUGUUCCCUUCCGAUGGAAUUCAGGUAUUCUUAAAGUGUAUGAAAUCCUGCCAACUUUUGAUGUUCUGAAAGUUAAGUCAAAAUGUUUUGAUGACUUAAGCCUUUACCUCCUCUUUCUUGAGGAAAAUGUAAGUGAACUUAAAUCAUUUAAAUGCCUCAAAGUGCUGGAGAACAUUGCAGUUUCUGAGAAGUUUGAUGUCAUGCAACUUUUGAUAAACCUUGGUACUAUUAAGACAGAUACUGUAGAUGGGAAGCCAUUGCCGGAGAAGCCUGAAGAAACAAGUGUAGAAGAGCUAGAAAAAGGUGCAACAGAGCUACAAGUUCUGACAGACAAUGAUGCAAGUGGCAACACAAGUCCAAGAAAAGAUAAAAGGCUUCGCCAAAGACUUACAGAUUCUUCGUGCUGAUGCCUUCCAAUUGCAGCAGGCAAGAGCUUUGUAUUACAAGAGGGUUCUUCCUUUGCCUUCACUGCAUUGGACACAAGAUGCUGCUCUGAAUGCAACUGUCUUGAUAUCCUGACAAUUUUUCAGACGCCAAAGUGGUUUGCAGACUACUUUUUAUGUAAUAAUCAUCAAUCACAUACCUGAAAAAGCAUUUUAUAGACUUUCAUUAUUUAUUAAAAAAAACAACAAGAACAAAAAAAUCCCUAUUAUGAGUAAUAGGUGAAUUGCAUUGAAUUCAAUUAAAGCUGCCAUCAGUAAAGAGGUAGGAAUGUAACGUACAGGGAUGGGAAAGAUAACUGUAGAUAGCAAAAAGAGAUGGUGACGUUGCACUGUGAAAUGUCUCUCUGUUGGUUAUAUGGAGUUCCAUACUGAAAGUAUUCAGGAAGGCAAAAUAUCCAAUUUGGAUAAGGGGGGAACCAAGGGAGGCAGCCAUCUCAGUUCUGGAGUUUAAGUGUGGCAUUUGGGGAGGUCUCUGCCCUGUAAAAGUUAGGGUUUUUUAAUAUUAGUUUGGUCCAUCUGCCUAUCAGGUGGUGGCUGGCCACUGAAAUACUGGCUGUUUCUUCACAGGAAAGAGAGAUGUUGCUGUGUUCAACUUUUUUUUGUAAUACAGCAGGGGAGAAAUCUGAAUCACUUGGGUUACUGGAGAUGUCUUGAUUAGUCAUCUUAACAGUGCAGUGUUGGAUUAUUUCCUUGGCACUGAUGGAAUAAACUACGAACAAACUUAGUAUAAAGGAGUAGUGUAGAUUCUAGGGAUUUUGAACUUUCUAUGUAUUCGUAAAAGAAAAAUAAUGUCUUAACACACUUUUUUUUUUACAAAAUUUAAUGGCAUAUAAGCUAAAUGUUCUGUUAAUUUCUAUUUCUCCGUUGAUUUGGUCUUAAUGAUUAAUAAAUCCUUCUUAGAGAUUGGAUGGAACAUCAGUGAAGUUUGUUCCAUUUUUAUAAUGGUUUGUAGAAAUUGCUUUUUAAUGUUUGUAUAUGUGGAACUUGUUUUAAUAUGUUUGUAGUAUCAAACACAAUAUUAAUUGUGCUGUCUUCCAAAACAUGUUUGAGAAGAUGUAUUUGCAUUACAGUAGCACUCGAGUGCCUCAGCAGAGCUAAGCACCCUGUAGCUAAAGUGAGGUAAAUGUAAAUAUGAUGAAAGGUUGUUCUUCCCAUGCACCCUGUGACUUAAUUUUAAAGAUAAGAUGCUGAAGUGGGUUGAACAAACAAAAGAAGGCGUACUUGUAAGUUGAAAAACUGUCCUUAGUUUGUUAUUGUGCUGUUUAUGGAGAGCAGUAUUCAGCUUUGAUAUGUUCCCCCCCACCUCCCAAGACCUCUACCUUCAAUUAACAUUAAAAUGAUCUUUGUCAUGAAUUUUAGAUACAAGGUUGGGAGGGUGGGGGGUUAAUAACCACAGUAGUUGUGCGUAUCCUUCACAAAUGUUAUAUGGUGACUGUUUUCUCCAUAUCGUCUAUGAUAUUGUAAUUGAAAUGUCUCAGCUAUCGCCUCUUCCAGGUUGUCUUUUUAAACAAAGUAGUACCUCUUUUAUAGCUAGGUAAGCCUUCCAUUUUCCAGUCCAUCUGUAUCAUCCACUCUUCUGUUCUUAAAUGUUAGCAUUCUCAAUAUUACUGAGAACGAGGGAAGACAGAAGUAACCAGUAUUAGAACUUUUGCACAGAACUGCUGAUCUUUACGUGCUGCAACAGAUUUCAAGGAGAUAAUACACCUACUUGAACUUGGCAGCUGCUCUUAAACAAGUGGAUCCCUAAGUGCUGUCAUAAUAUACAUUGUGCUAGUAUUAUAAAAACCCUUUGGCUAUUAUAUGACUUUCAGCUAAGACAAGCCUUAUUUAAUAGAAAGUCUUUAAAGCCAUAAUAUUAUGCUACCUCUUUGUAUAGGACAGUAGCAUGGCUGCAAUCCUAAUGUCGGCUGCAAUCCUAAUGUCUGUUGCAUUACCAGCAAGAAACAGGGCAUAUGUCGGAUAGUGGUGGACUGAACUGCUGCAUUUACCUGUAUACUUCUCCCAGCAAACCUAAAACCACUCUCUGUUUUGGAGAGAGAAGUAUGGAAAUACUCUUAAAAGAAAGCAAGCCUUCCUUCCCUGGACUAUAUGAUCAUUAAUUGUUUACCACUCACUAGUGAUUCCGGUACAGACACACACACACUGUUGUUCUGAAGUGAAACUUAUUUGGUUAUCUUCACAUUGUGCAUUGCAUGUUCUGUACAAGGAGCAGUAGUGCAAUAUUAAGAUUUUGUGAUGUGGAUAUGUUUGAACUGUUUGAUAUAAGUAAUGAGUUGUUAGUGUUUAAAACUUGAAGCUCCUGAAAUUGACAUGUUCAUGUUUCAUGUUAGAUAUGGACAUUACCUUUUACUAAUUCCCCAUUUCUAUUUAAAAAUAUGACUUACUGCAGUGAAUGUCAUGUUGUCUUCUAAAGUGCUGAAUAAAACAUGUGUUGAUUUUUUCUUCA